CUCCAACCGGCGCAGCAGGAUACCAUGGUCGAUGGUAUCAAAAGCCGCUGAGAGGUCUAACAGGACCAGAGCAGAGGAAUAACCCCUGUCCCUGGCCCUCCAGAGAUCAUCCACCAAUGCGACCAAAGCCGUCUCUGUGCUGUAUCCGGGUCGGAAACCGGACUGGAACGGGUCCAGAUAGACAUCUUCAUCCAGGUCAAGAAAGAUUUGGGAACAUGACCCGGGUCUACUACCGAGAAGCUGUGGGAGCUUUUAUCGUCUUCGACGUUACAAGGCCAGCUACCUUUGAAGCCGUAACCAAGUGGAAGCAGGAUUUGGACACUAAAUUGACUCUCCCUAAUGGCCAGAUGGUGCCAGCUGUCCUGUUAGCAAACAAAUGUGAUCAAAGCCAAGAGUUACUGGUGAAUAAUGGCUUCAAGAUGGACCAGUUCUGCAAGGACAAUGGUUUUGUGGGAUGGUUCGAAACCUCGGCUAAGGACAACAUCAACAUUGAGGAAGCCGCUCGGUGCUUGGUGAAGCACAUAAUUUCCAGCGACAGUGAACCUGUGCAGCCGAUCCAGCCAGAUGUCAUUAACCCUCACCUGAAUCCUUCCAAACGAAAUCCCUGCUCAGCUUGUUUCAGAACCUAAGCAAUCUCCAAGCUGUUUAUGGACAUUGGAACUGAGCCCAUAAGAACUCAUGAAUAACCCAUGAAGCAGGAUCUCUCCGAUGCAAGGCAGCUGGGCUUGUGUUGCUCUUGAGCAAAGAGAAACCAAGAUUAGAAAAAUGUGUAUCCUUCCUCGACAUAUGGCUGGGAACAAAAAAGAAAAAAAAGCCCAAAUGUUUAAAACAAAUAUUUUUUUUAUUAUUAUUCCUUUGCAUAGUUUGUUUGAGGAUCUUAUGCAAAUAGGGGUUAUUACCUGGGCAAUUUAUGUUAAUUAUACUUGCUCAGCCAAAGGGCUUCCCUUAAAAGACCAAAGUGUCUUAACAUAUUGUUUGUCACUUUCAUGGUGUGAGAGUUAACUCUCAUUAAGAUCAGGGGUGAAAUGCUACCGGGUCGCUCUGGUUCGGGCAAACCGGUAGCGGCGGUGAUGCAUGGUUCGGCGAACUGGUAGCUGCAGCAGUGUGAGGCUCCGCCCACAUGCCCAGACAUUGUUACUUCCUGGUUAAAACCUGGUUUUGACCCUCUGCGCAUGCAGAGAAGGCUUUGCCCAUGCGCAGAAGGUCCAAAAUCGAACGUGAAGCUGGCGCGUGCACUUCCGAACUGGUAGGGAAAGUAAGUAGAAUUCACCCCUGUUGAAGAUGGCUACCUUGAAGAUUUUUUCAUCGUGCAUCUCAGUCCUUGUAAAUCUUGGUUUAAUGGGGUGUUUCCCUAACUGGAGAGACAUACAUACAUACUGAGAGAUUAUUCUUAGUCCCAAGCUUGGUUGACUCUUGCUGGGUGAUGAUGUAAUGAAAGGGGCUUUGGGCAAUUCCUACUAUGGCUCUGCCUGAAGGAGGUAGAUCUUUGUUAUGUAGAAUAGACUGGCCCAGGCCUUAAUGGCCCAUUGAUAAAGGUGGAGGGGAGGGGGACUGAGUUUCUGCCUCCCUUUUAGGGGAAAUA